AUUCCUCACCGCGCCAAUAUGGAACCUCAAACCCAACCAAGAGAUUAUCGCUCCUCCGUCGACUCUUCUCGCCCUUUUCGUUCUGUCAAAGAAGCCGUUGCCAUAUUCGGCGAGAGGCUUGUCGUUGGAGAAAUAUACUGUCCAAAACCCUAUGCCUUCACCCCUCCGAGACAUGAAAGCCCUGAAGAAAUGAGCAAUGAGAGUAACCAACUCAGUCAGUGGAAUCAUCAUAAUCACUGUCGACAAGAGGAACAUGACUUCCUGGUUGCCCUCAAAAAGCUUGAAGUGGAGCUCGAGAAUACAAAAGCAGAAUUGAGGGUGUUGAGGGAGAGGGAAUCCGUGAUGGAGGUCGCUUUGGCCUCUCUUAACGCCGAGCUACAUAAGAACAAGUCCAAGUUGGCUGAGGUUGAGGCAGUGGCCGCCAGGAAAGCUGCAGCGAGUUUUGGAAAGAUAGAUGUAAUGAGAGAAGAAGAGAGGAGGAAAGAGCUGAAGAAGAGAAUGGAGAACAACCAGACACUGGCUCAUAUAUUGAGCAUUGGGGGGGAAGAGUUUUUUGGUGGGAGAAGAGAGAGGAAGAUGAUGAAGAAGAAGCCUAUUGUUCCUCUUGUCGGAGACUGGUUUUUUAAAAAGAAAUGGGAGUCAGAAUACUUUCCGUAGCUCUGAUCUCAUGCAUCUCCUCAUAUGCAUUUUAAUUGAGAACUCGGAUCCUUAAUUUUUUAUGAAGUGUUGCGUUUUUUAAUUAAUGUCCCCGAUCGCU